CUCCCACCAUUGCGGAUCGGUUCACUGGUCGCAGUACACCUAUAACUACGGUUCAAACCAGUACACUGUCAACUUGUGGAACGUAAACAUGGCCCUCCCGGAAUACUUUGAGUUGAGCAAUGGUGAUCGCAUGCCGAGGAUCGGGUUUGGAACAUGGCAGGCCUCCGACGAAGUAUUAGAAAAAGCCGUAGAUGCAGCCCUAGAAGCAGGGUACCGUCACUUCGACUCUGCGCGCGCUUACGAAAACGAAGCGGCCCUGGGACGUUCCCUGCGUCGGUGGAUCGGAGACAACCCUGCCAGGAGAAAGGAGCUGUUCGUUGUCACCAAGUUGCCUCCUGGAGGUAAUCGGCCCGAGCUAGUACCAGAAUACUUCAACGCAUCAUUAAGAGACCUGGGGCUGGAUUACCUGGACCUGUACCUGAUGCACACGCCGUUCGCGUUCGAGCACGUGCCCGGAGACCUGCACCCGAAGAACCCUGACGGCUCCAUGAGGGUGGACCUCACUACUGAUCUCAUCGCUGUUUGGAAGAGCUUGUUGAAACUGAAGGAGUCUGGUGCAGUACGACACGUCGGAGUCUCCAAUCUGAACGCGGAGCAGCUCGCUAGGAUAUGUGCUGUGGAGAAACCGGCUUGCCUGCAGGUGGAAGUACACCUGCUAUGCCAGCAGCCGGCGCUGCUAGCUGAAGCCAAGAGGCUCGGCGUGCCCGUCGUCGCGUAUUCACCGCUCGGCUCCAAGGGCCUCGCCGACAUGCUCGCUGAAAAGACUGGGCGCUCAUACCCCGACCUGCUGACGCUGGGCCCAGUGACCCGCGCGGCGGCGGCGCACGGGCGCACUCCCGCGCAGAUACUGCUCCGGCACGCGCUGCAGCGCGGCAUCGCCGCCAUCCCGAAGAGCACCAACCCGCAGCGGAUCAGACAGAAUAUAUCGGUGUGGGACUUCGAGCUGAGCGCUGCAGAGAUGGCGGAACUGAACGCGCUGGACCGCGGCGAGGCGGGACGCAUCUGCGACUUCAGCUUCUUUGCCGGCAUCGAGAAACAUCCCGAGUUCCCCUUUAAGAAGUAGCCUUACCGUUGUAAACCAUAAUACUAGGUGAUAAGGUUACUUUUACUUUGAGCUGAGCGCUGCAGAGAUGGCUGAACUGAACGCGUUGGACCGCGGCGAGGCGGGACGCAUCUGCGACUUCAGCUUCUUUGCCGGCAUCGAGAAACAUCCCGAGUUCCCCUUCAAGAAGUAGCCUUACCAUUGUGAACCAUAAUACUAGGUGAUAGGGUUACUUUUACUUUGAGCUGAGCGCUGCAGAGAUGGCGGAACUGAACGCGUUGGACCGCGGCGAGGCGGGACGCAUCUGCGAAUUCAGCUUCUUUGCGGGCAUCGAGAAACAUCCCGAGUUCCCCUUCAACAAGUAGCCUUACCGUUGUGAACCGUAAAUACUAGACGAUAGGGUUACUUUUACUUUGACUUGAACAUACGAAGAUGGCGAAACUUAAGAGGAAAGGGGAUGACCGCUUUUCCAUACAAACGUAGUCCUCAUUUUCCUCUCUGGAUAUUGACAUAAUGGAAAAAAUGCAUAAUUUGAUGUAUAUUAACCAUAGCUAUCCGCCUACGUUUGACUUUUUUAAAUUUUUGUAAAAAUUAGGAGCAAAAACAGAUUUCAUACAGAUUUUUAAAUGCUACUGACUUUAAUAAAAUAACUUGAAAAAAAAUCAAACGUAGAGGCAUAGCUGCGGUUGAUAUACAACUAAUUAUGUCAAAAUAUUUUCAAUAAUGUUAAUAUCCAGAGGAAAAUGAGGCCUAUUACGUUGGUGUGAAAAGGCAAUUUUUCUUCUUAACGCCGCGGUCAGGCGGAACGUAUUUGUGCCUCCCAAGAUCGUCUUCAGAACUUCGAGAAACACCUUAAAAUAUACCUUUUACAGCUGAGAACUGCAAAUAUUGCCGAGCUUAAAUACGCUAGUCCGCAACGUUAAGAAUCUCUCCAAGUCCCGCUUCAAGCCGUAAUAGUCCGUAAAUACUGGCCAAUAAGGUUACCAUUCCCUAUUACGCUACUAUGCUGUACAUUCAGAUCAGAUGCCAGGACAAGAUAAAAGAAUUUCGAGCAGCGUCAAGAAAUAAUUUGAGUUCUUCAAAAGCCUCAUGUGGUCUACAAGUUUAUUGUUGCGUUCUGUUUACUUAAGUUCAUUUUUUUUGCAUUCGAAAGAAGGUAAGCGAUCUUGACAUGUCUUUUUAUUAAAAAUCACUAUUGAAAAAUAAGUCACAGCAACUAUGUUAGAAUUAUAAAGUCGCACCAAACAAAGUCUGCAGCGGAUUUGAUAGCCCACGCAGUGUAAGUGUUAUGUCAUAGAACUUUGAAGUUUAAAAUGACACUUGCACUGCGUGGGCUAUCAAAAUCGCUGCAGACUUUUUACGGUCUGACUAUAAAUAAUAUAGGUACGAUCUUUUACAUUAUUUUGCUUUCAUAAAAGUAAACUAAUUUUUAAAGCAUUUUUCAAAUAUUGAAAAGUAAAAGUAAAAAAGUAGUUUAGUAAAAAGACACGUCAAUAUUGUUUACCUUCUUUCUUAAUGCUAAAAAAACGAACUAGUAGUAGUAGUAAAAUACUUUAUUGUACAAAAAGAAACAUAAAACAUGAAAGAACACACAUCAUUAGUACAAAGGCGAACUUAUCCCUUUCAGGGAUCUCUUCCAGUUAACCCUUGAGCAGUUGAGGGGAAAUUGCGAAGCGUCUAUGAUAAUUAUUGCUUUCUCAUUCUCAUCCGCUGCUCUAUCGCUAGUAGACACUAGACGCAAAUUGUAACGUUUAUUGGCCGUUUUUUCAAUGAGUAGGUAAAGCCCCAUUUAGACGGUUCAAGAACUUGCAUGCAAUAUUUGAUACAUUGCUAACUACAGACUACAAUGAAUUCAGUCGAUCGACCAAAUACCGCAAUGUAACGAAAAUCGCAUGCAAGUUCUUGAACCGUCUAAAUGGGGCUUUAAGAGCGCAGCUCGAUUUUGACGCGUGAUAAAAAAUUGUUUGUCAUAAAUAUAAAUAAAUAAUAAAUAAAUAAAUAUUAUAGGACAUUUUUACACAAAUUGACUAAGCCCCACGGUAAGCUCAAGAAGGCUUGUGUUGUGGGUACUCAGACAACGAUAUAUGUAAUAUUAAAAUACUUAAAUACAUAGAAAACAACCAUGACUCAGGAACAAAUAUCUGUAUCAUCAUACAAAUAUAUGCCCUUACCAGGAUUCGAACCCGGGACCAUCGGCUUCAUAGGCAGGGUCACUACCCACUAGGCCAGACUGGUUGUCAUAAGUAGGUAUCUGGAUGUUCACUUUUAUUCAAACGUGAUAGAAAAAUUACCCAUUAUCUAUAAGAAAUAGGAAAUUAUUGCCUAUUGAUUUUUAUAAUAUAUUUAGUUUAUAGGUACAAGACUAAAGUCAGACCGUGAAAAGUCUGCAGCGAUUUUGAUAGUCCACGCAGUGCAAGUGUCAUUUUAAACGUCAAACUUCUAUGAAAUUAUCACGUAUAAAUAACACUUACACUGCGUGGGCUAUCAAAUCCGCUGCAGACUUUUCUUGGAGCAACUCUACAAUGUUACCUACGAACAAAUAAAAAUAAUAAUACCUAAGGUAGCAAGAAGAGUAAAAAUAUUAAUGAAGACACAUGUUUAUAGUUUAUAAAUAAUGUUUUUGACCCUAAGAAAUAUUAAUAAAAUAUCUGCAAAUA